UCAAUAUCACAUUUUAUGACAAAUCCGUGCAAAAAAUUUAAUGUUAGAAAUCAUCAACAAUUGUCAGUGUUCAAAUCUAAAGUUAGUUUUUUGUUUGCAUUGAAAUUAAUUUUUGAUUCUUUUUUAAAGAUGCAUUGGCAAUUUUUUUGCAUACAAAUUUUCCUGAUUGCACUAUUUUUAUUGUCAGUGCAAAAAAUCGAAGCAAUUUGUAAUUGCUUAAUAACCCAUCCUCAAUAUGACUAUUGUCGUUCUGAUUUUGUUGUUGUAAUUAAAGUCAACGAGGUAAUAGAAGAAGAUUACGAAAAUUACUUAAUUUACAAGGUUAAUGUAAAAAAAGUUUUUAAAUAUUUGAAAAAUUGGAAGAAUCUAUUAGGAAAUAAAAUUUAUACUCCAGCAUCAAUUAUGAAUUGUGGUGUACGUUUUGAAUUGAAUAAGAAAUAUUUCGUAAGUGGUCAUUUUGAAAAUGGAAAACCUAUUGUAACAAUUUGUGAUGCAGUGAUACAAUCGAAAAAAAUUACAAAUGAUCAAUACAGUGGUUUUGAUAAACGCUAUAAAGAAAAUUGCGAAUGCAGUAUAUUAUAUACGCCGCUUGAUCAGAUGGAAUCAGUUUAUCAGGAAUUGAAUAAAACGACAUGCAUAUGGGAAAGUAAUCCAAAAUCAUUUGAUUGUCAAUUACGACAUGGAAUUUGUCGAAUGGAUGACAAUAAUCAAUGUUUAUGGGAUGAAAAACAAUCUUAUAGAAAUUGUAUGAAUAAUUAAGAAGAGUAUU